UGGAUGCGAACUCCGAAAGGAUUCCGUUUGUUCUUACGUCAAAACAACGAAGCUUUAUAUAUAGGCUUCGUGGUCAAAACGAUGUGAAAUUUCAUUCUAAUUGUAAGUGAACGCAAAGAAUUUGAUUAAAAAGUUAUGCAAUCUAUCGUUCAACAGUUACUAGAGGCUUUUUUUACUUUAUAGUUUUAUACUUUACAGUAUAAAGUAGUUCUAGUUUACACUACUAUUUAUGUGACAACUUAUGUUUUGUUCGCCGUCAAACGUUUCAAGAGAAAUGCACGUGUUUAUGUCUUCAUUUUUCAUUCAGCAUUUGAUGGACAACUAGGAAUUUCUUGAAACUGUGUUUAACUUUACAUUUGUUCGAACAUGGCUCCGACAAUUCAGACUAAUGGAAGUACAUCUGAAAGAGACAAACGUACAACAAGACCAGUAGAAAAAAGGUCUGAAUUAAUAUGCAGAGUUAAAUUUUGUAAUUCACUGCCCGAUAUUCCAUUUGACCCUAAGUUUAUCACAUAUCCAUUCGAAUCGACUCGGUUUAUUCAAUAUAAUCCAACAUCAUUGGAACGUAAUUACAAAUAUGAAGUUUUAACGGAACAUGAUUUAGGCGUUGAAAUAGAUCUUAUUAACAAAGAUACCUAUGCAGGAGACGUUAAUGGACAAUUAGAUCCUGCAGAUGAGAAACUUCUCGAAGAAGAUGUUCUUACGCCGCAAGAUUCUAAAAGAUCUAGACAUCAUGCCAGAAGCGUUUCUUGGCUUAGACGAACCGAAUAUAUUUCUACCGAACAAACUAGAUUUCAACCGCAAACGGUUGACAAAGUUGAAGCUAAAGUUGGUUAUAGUAUUAAGAAAAAUUUCAAAGAGGAAACGUUAUAUAUGGACAGAGAAAGUCAAAUAAAAGCUAUUGAGAAAACAUUUGAGGAUAAUAAGAAAACAAUCGAUAAACAUUACAGCAAACCAAACGUUGUACCCAUUGAAAUUUUACCUGUAUAUCCAGAUUUCAAGUUAUGGAAAUAUCCUUGCGCUCAAGUAAUAUUUGAUUCCGACCCUGCGCCAACUGGACGUUCCGUUCCUGCUCAAAUAGAAGAGAUGUCCCAAGCAAUGAUUCGGGGUGUCAUGGACGAGAGCGGCGAACAAUUCGUAGCAUACUUCUUACCUUUAGAAGAAACUUUAGAAAAACGAAGAAGAGAUUUUACUGCUAAUAUUGAUUACGCGGACGAAGAAGAAUACGAAUAUAAGAUGGCUAGAGAAUAUAAUUGGAAUGUUAAAAGCAAAGCAUCUAAGGGAUACGAAGAAAAUUAUUUCCUCGUUAUGCGACAAGAUGGAGUCUACUAUAAUGAAUUGGAAACUCGUGUACGACUCAGUAAACGCAGGCAAAAAGCUGGUCAACAGCCAAAUAAUACGCGAUUAAUUGUACGUCAUCGACCAUUAAAUGCCAAUGAAUUCAAAAUGCAGAGAUAUAGAGAAAAACAAUUGGAACCCCCAGGAGAGGAAGACGAAGACGAGGAAGAGGAAGAAGAAGAGGAGGAAGAAGAAAUGCAACAAGAAACUGAAAAAGCAGAAGAGAAAGCUGACUCUGAAAAUGAAAGUAAUUCGCGUGCAUCAUCCAGGCCAUCCUCUCGUGCUUCCAGCAAAAGAUCUCGUUCUCCAUCGCGAUCUAAAUCUCGUUCUAAAUCUCGUUCUAAAUCUCCUUCAAGAUCCAAGUCCCGUUCCCGUUCUCGUUCCCGUUCCCGUUCUCGGUCUCGGUCUCGGUCUCGUUCCCGAUCCCGGUCCCAGUCUCGUUCUCGUUCUCGUUCCCGUUCACCAUCCAAAUCUUCAUCUCGUUCCAAAUCGCGAUCAGAGUCACGAUCUCCGUCUAAAUCGCGUAGCAGAUCUAAAUCAAGAUCUGAAUCCCCUCAAUCAAGAAAUUCUUCUCGGUCAAGAUCACGAUCGAAGUCAAAAUCAGCAUCAAGAUCUCGAUCUGGUUCUCCUGCUAAAUCGCGAUCGAAAUCCCCAUCGAAAUCGCGGUCAAAAUCACGGUCAAAAUCGCGGUCAAAAUCACGGUCGACCUCAAAGUCUAGAUCGAGGUCACGAUCUAGGUCACGAUCGAGGUCACGAUCUCAUUCAAAAUCAAGGUCUCCGAGUGCAAGUGGUAGCGCUUCUGGUAGCGGUAGUGCUCAAAGUGCUUCAGAAAGUGAAUAAUUUAAUAUAAGAUGCAUAAACAAUAGUUCCUGCAUCUGUAUUAUUAUUUUUAUUUACGUUUGCAAAAUCUUAAUUGAAUCACUUUUAGAAUUCAUUGUUUAUAAUAGCACACGAAAAAUGUUUCAUAAAAAGUUUGUAUA